AUGGUUUUCGCGGAAAAUAAGGUGGCUUUGGUGACAGGUGGUGCUAGUGGUAUUGGGCUAGCUAUUGUUAAAAAAUUAUUGGAAAGUAAUGUUAAGGGUGUGGGAAUAGUUGAUUUUUCUGAAGUUAACUGGAACAACGCAAAGUCAUCGUUGAGUCAGAAAUAUGGAAACAAUAUUUAUUUUGUAAAGGCAGACGUGUCUAACAAAGAAGAACUUAAAAAUGCUUUUGAGAAGAUUGUUGAAAAAUUCAAAAACCUUGACAUUGUGGUAAACAAUGCGGGUAUUUUAGAUGAAGAUAACUGGCAAAAAAUGGUGGCCAUCAAUUUGAAUGGCGUUAUUCAAGGAACAUACUUUGCCCUAAACGAGUAUCUUCCAAAAUAUAGAUCUGCCGAAGAAACUGUAAUCAUAAACACAGCUUCCAUUUUGGGAAUUAAUACCGUCCCCAGUUUGUCUGUAUACAGUGCUACGAAACAUGGAGUCAUCGGAUUUGCUAAAUCCAUUUCGACACAAGAAAUAUUUAAAAAAUCCAAUAUACGAUUAAUCACAAUUUGCCCUGGAUGGAUCGAAUCGAAUAUUUUGCAUAAACAGGAAAAAGACGUUCUUGACAUAGUCGCUAAAGAAUUAUAUGCUAUAUGUGAAAAGGUUGUGCCGUAA